AAACGGCAUUUUUGAAUGCGUCUACUGCUUCUUCUGGUGACUGAAACCUUUAACCAUGCAGUCUGUUUUAAUUUUCGGGAAAGCCGAUCUACAAUUUAUGACAUUAAAAGAAACCACGAGAAGAUCAAGAAGUUCGUGUCAACUACUGACUGCGGGCCAGGCAAGAGACAGGCACUCAAGAAAGCUGAACAUCCAGAAGUGGAAGAAGCUUUGUACAUGUGAUCCAAAACGCCAUUUUUUAAUGCGUCAACUGCUUCUUCUGGUGACUGGAACCUUUAACCACGCGAUCUGUUUCUAA